CCGGCAUGGAUCGGUUAAUCUCACACUUCCUUUCACAAAAGAAUUUUAAGCAACUGGCCUUUGACUUAGUCGCUUACUAUCCCACAUUAAAGAGUAAGGUAGCGGGGAUCCUCUCUCCAAAAACCCUCGCUAGCACUACAGCAGCACUGCAGGAAGGGAAACUAAAAGAUGUGGAUAAUAUAAUUCAGAAAUCACUUUUGGAUGCAGAGAAUGCUUCCCUGGAUGUGGCUGUGAUCGAAUCUGGAGCUGGGAAAUCUAGUUUCAUCAAUGCCCUGUCAGGAAUCAGUCACGAAGAGGAGGGGUCUGCUAAGGUUGGAAUUGUGGACACCACAAUGGAGAAAAUCCCCUAUCAACAUCCAAAAUACCCCAAUAUGACCUUCUGGGACCUACCUGGGACCAGCUCCCCCAAUUUCCACCCACAGAAAUAUCUAGAAAUGGUGGAAUUUUCUAAGUAUGACUUCUUCUUCAUCAUUUCCUCCUCCCUGUUCAAAAACAGUGAUGCUUCUCUGGCCCAGAAAAUCGAGGAUAUGGGGAAGAAGUUCUACUUUCUAAGAACCAAAGUGGACAAUGAUUUAUGUAAUGAAAAGAAAAGCAAACCGAGGUCUUUCAAAAAGGAGACAGUCCUUCAGCAGAUCCGAGAUGAUUGCUUGGCUAAUCUCAGCAGAAUUGGAGUCCCUGAGCCCCGCAUCUUCUUGCUCUCCAGUUUUGAUGAGGAUGACUCUGAUUUCCCAAGACUGCAUGAGAUGAUGCUGAAAAAGCUACCUGGUUGUAAGCAAUACAUCUUUGAGAUGCAGUCACCCAGUUUGUCUGAGGCUUUCAGUGAGAUUAAGAGAGAUUUCCUCAAGGAGAAGAUCUGGUUGGAGGCCCUGAAAUCAUCUGCUUUGGCCUUCAUUCCCUUCACGGCCUUCUUCAGGGGCUUUAAUUUGCCCCAACAGGAGAAGUGCUUGAACUUUUACUGAAGCUGUUUGGGUUUGGAUAAGAAAUCAAUCCAAGAGAUAGCCCGGAAGCUGGGCACAUCUGUGCAGGAGAUUGAGAGCUACACCAAGUCCUUGAAUUUCUGGUCACUUGUGAGGGAUGACCGUAUAGCAGCAAAUGCCAUGAACUGUGUUGAAUCCUUUUGCUCAAUAACUGAAUGCUUCCAAUCUUGUAUAUUCCAAGUUUGUAAAACCUACCUUCUGCGUAUGAAAUUUCUCAAGACAGUGGCUGAUGAUGCCAAAAUUCUCUUGCAUAAGACUUUAGAGAGCAAGUCUAAGAAUAUGUAGAGAUGGGUUGAGUUGUCCAACUAAAUAGUAAAUUGGUUUCAGAUCUUGUAUUAGUUUGGUGUGACUGGGAUCCUCUUCCACUCAUUGCCAAUACUAACUCUUCCCUAAAGUGGAAAGAAUGCUCUUCUUUGGAGGGAGACCAUUGUCUCACCCUUCACUGCUAUGCAAAGGGGACUUGGCCAUAGCCGCUUUUCUCUACUCCCUGGGCAAUUUACCUUGAAUAACAACAGAAAUGCAGCUAGUACUUUUCAUUAAUCUCCAUGUGUUAUGAGGCAGUUUGCAUUUGCUUGAUUUACUUAUGUAAUAAACACUUGGCAACAAUCAAGAUAACUGUUUUCCAUUGACUUUUUAUGAAUUAUUUUC